AGCUUCAGGGCCGUGGGGCUUCUACCUCUGCUACUUCCCCUUCUAAUCUCUCUCUCUCUCUGAGCGUCUCAUCGAUUUUCAGAAAAGAAAACAAAAAUGAAUAGCACAAUGAAAACGGUUCUCCUGAACUCAAAACUCAACUGUUCCCUUUAUGUGCGGGGUGCCCUGUUUCAUUCAACUCCUGUCUUGGAUCGUAAAAGACGCAACAGCUACUGGGAAUCAUCAUCCAGGAAUCACAACUAUUCGAAAAGGUCCAGAAGGAUACAUUCAAAACAAACAUUAUUGCGCAAUGUCAAUGAUUAUGCGGACUACCUAUUUCAGAAAUGGCAGAAUCCCGAUGAUUUGAAUGAGCCAUCUUCAAGUAGAGGCACCUCAUGGUUUAAAAAGCAAUACUCGGCCAACGGUUCCAAAAAGAAAUGGCGAGGCAAUCAAGGUCCCUCCAGUUGGGGCAGAAGAGAUUUCGACUUUUGUGAAGAUUAUGUAGAUGUAGAGACCAAUUUCCAGUCCAGGUUUGGCAGUAGUGGAUUCUUUUACUGGUCAUUCGUCAAUGAAGAUGAUUCACAGUGGAGAAGGUCUUCAAAUUACUCUGGGAAAUCUUGGAGUUGGAGACAUCGUAAAGAAGAAAAAUUUGAAUAUGAUUCUGAUAAUUCGGAGUCAGAUGAGAGGUUGGCCCUUGGAUUGAGUGCUGUGGGCCCUCUGAAGCUUGAAGAUGUCAAAAAUGCAUAUCGAUCCUGUGCACUGAAAUGGCAUCCAGAUCGUCACCAGGGAUCUUCAAAGGCUGCUGCAGAGGAAAAGUUCAAGCAUUGCAGCUCAGCUUAUCAAUCUUUAUGUGAUAAAUUAGCUAUGAAUUGAGGAUUCUUCAGCUCGGCUAGUUUUGUUAAACUUCAGAUGGUAGAUGUAACAAAUCACAAGAUUUUAAUGACACUGUUGUAAACCCCAGAGGCCCAGAUGAUAUUUGGAAGGUUGGUAGAUUUACCUUUAGGGAGAGUAACUGGGAUUCAUAGUGAAAUCAAUGAAAGAUGCAGAUAAGAGGGAUGCUUGCAUUGUUGGCAAAAUGGGCAGCGGGUGCAAUAAUCCUCCAGUGGUGGCGGUGGCAGGCGACUUUUUCUUUGCUGGAAGUACGAAGGCAUACUGUUUUAAUUUCUUGUGACAAUUAUUGUAGCUUUUCCUGAUUUUUGACAAGGUGAUAAAAGAUUUAUUUCUGAGAAAUGAACAAAGAUAUAUA